AUGAUCUCUUCACGACUGGCAUUCUUCGGCGUCGUGUUCUACCUCGUCAGCGUGGACGCCAUCAAACUGACAUACCAUAUCAAGGAGGAACAACCGAACGCAACGCUCAUCGGCAACAUCGCCAACGAUUCCAACCUGAGAGACUUCGUAAGUGACGAGGAAUUCACUCGCAUUCAGUACAGCUUCCUCAGCCAGGGAAACCCGUACACCCAGUUGUUCACUGUACGCAACGACACUGCCGACCUCCUGGUUGCCAAACGAAUCGACAGGGAUGUUUUAUGCAGCUUUCUCGAGACGUGUUUGAUAUCGAUAGAAUGCGUUGCCAAAUCGAAUAUCGGAUCAUUUUUUCUUAAGAUUCAGUUGGAAAUAAUAGUUGUUGAUAUAAAUGAUAACAGCCCGGAGUUUGUCAGCGAUUCUGCUAAAUUGGAUAUUUCAGAAGGAACUCCUGUGGGUGAGGAGUUUUCUCUACCGAGUGCCGUCGACAGAGAUGCGGAUGUGAGUUAUUCUGUGCAGAGUUAUCAGCUGAUAUCACUGGAUUCUGGGAAUAAUCCGUUCGUGUUGAAAACCAGCGUAGGGAAAGACAAUAAAGUUGCCGUGGCAAUUCAGUUAAAAGACGCUUUGGAUCGAGAGACAGUGGACAGCUAUAACUUCACGUUGUUAGCCAAAGAUGGCGGGCAGCCACCUAAAAACGGCACACUGUCGUUGACAGUGACGGUCGCAGAUCUCAACGAUAACUACCCAGUUUUCGAACACGCUGCAUAUGCUGUAAACAUCUCGGAAAACACGACGGCAUCUUCGGUAAUAGUUCAUCUUUCAGCGACCGACAAGGAUAUCGGACCGAACGGAAUUGUGUCGUACCACUUUGCGGCUCGACAGCCUGGCAGUGUCCUGAAGUUAUUUGAACUGAACCCGAAGACUGGGAACCUUCACGUUAAGCAGUCGCUCGAACACGAGGCUGGCAAGAGUCUGACUCUGCAGGUGGAGGCUCGAGAUCAGGGGCGACCCUCCAAGACGUCCGUGACCGAGGUGGAGGUGUCCGUGUUCGAUACCCACAACGACCCGCCUGAAAUCCACAUCAACGUCUUCUCUUCCAGCGGGAUGGCCGAGAUUUCAGAGUUCUCUGAGAUUGGAAGAGUCGUUGCCCACAUCGCCGUGCAGGAUCCCGACUCCGGUGUUAACGGCAUUGUUCAGUGUUCACUGACUGCAGAGCAUUUCCAACUUAGAGGUCUGGAUGUGGACGAAUACAAAGUGAUCCUCGUCAAGUUGGUGGACAGGGAAUCGUCCGAUAGACACAAUGUGACCGUGUCCUGUCAGGACAAGGGACAUCCGCCGAUACGCGUCUCUGCCAACUUCAUUGUAAAAGUUCUAGAUGAGAAUGACAACCCACCCAGGUUUCCUCUCAGCACCUAUUAUGCGUCUAUCGAAGAGAACAAACCGAAAGGACACAUUAUAACCCAAGUAAAAGCCACUGAUUCUGAUUCCGGCGACAAUGCAAGGAUUUCUUACAGUUUGUUGGGAAAUGCUGGGUUCCAGUUUGUUGUAGAUAACGAAGGAAGAUUAAAGUCUAACAGGUCUUUUGAUCGUGAGGAGUAUUCCCAGAUUGUGGCUAAAGUUUUAGCUGUUGACCACGGGUCUGUGAGACUAACUGCUACUGCUACUGUGAUAAUCACAAUCAAAGACGUCAACGACAACCCGCCAGUGUUUAGUGAAAGCAUCUUCUACAUGAGCGUCCCAGAAGGAUCGCCAUUGGGGACUCCUGUUGGACGUCUUAAUGCUUCUGACGGUGACGAAAACGAAAAUGCUAUUCUGAUGUUCCAGCGAGAUCCAUUCACCGAUCCCAAGAUGCCAUUCGUCGUGUACGCAGAUGGCGCUGUGAAAACGGGAGACAACUUAGACAGAGAGCUUCAGAGUCGCUACGAGUUCAGAGUGGAGGUCGCGGAUCUCGGUAAGCCGCCGCUGACUUCGACAGCGCGAGUUGUCAUCACGGUGGACGACGUCAACGACCACGACCCGUUCAUCGUGUUCCCCAACUCGUCGAACAACACCAUCUCCAUCCCGCACACCCUCGCCAUCAACACAGCAUUCACCGAGAUUGUCGCCUACGACCUGGACGACGGCUUGAAUCAGAAACUCUUGUUCUACGUCGAGGGUGGAAACGGAAGCAAGCUGUUCAGGAUUGGACCGACGAGCGGCAUCAUAUUCGUCGACGCUCCCUUCAAGGAGAGCGACAUCAACAUCUACAACCUUGUGGUGGUCACGCGGGACCAGGGCUCACCGCAGAGAGCCUCGCAGGUGGAACUCUACAUCGACGUGUACUACGGCAACGCCACCAUGUCGCCGGCUCCAUGGCACAGCUCGGUGAACAUCAUCACGGCUUUUGUGCUCGUGGGCGUCACGCUGCUUCUCGGGGUGGCGGUGGUGUCAGCGAUCUGCCUGAUGCGCCGCAAUGACCGCCAGCGGCGCAACUACAGCGCCAAGGCGGAGGAGCAGAAGGUGAUCGCCAACAUGAAGCUGUACGAGGGUAACCGGGCCUCGCUCGCCAAGACCUCAUCGGACCGGCUGUCCGACACCGACAGCGAGAAGAAGAAGAAGGAAGUGAGCUUCUCCCUCGACGAGGACAACAACAUCUCCCUGUCGUCGUCCGGGUUUGAACGCGGAACCGAGACCACUGACAGUCUGUUUACCAUUCCAGAGGAUCCCUCUCACGAGCAAUCAAACAAGUCUGGUCACAGAAUGGGUGGAAAUCCUUUCACAUCAUUUCAAGUGCACUCUUCAAAAGACUUUGUAACCAACUUCCGAGUGAACGAUGACAGCGGCAGUGACCUCUCCGGUGACGUCAGUGUCAGCGACAGUGGUAAAGGAUGCAGUGACGUCGAAAUACAGAGCCAUGGGGGUUCUUCUAAUGUGAUGGAAAAUCCUGAUCCGUGUCCAUCAGUCCCUCAGAAAUACCACCAGCCAGCGUAUCAGCAGUGCAAGAGUUCUCCUGUCAGCUUCUCCACCUUCUACGGCAGCUCACCAAGUCCCAGUCUUGUCAUCUCUGACGUCAGCACCGCCCCUAACGUCCCCAAGCAUAGACCCUCGUCCCAGUGUUUGAACUCUGACUCUCACAAGAGCGCCGCACCUAACUACAGCGUGCUGCACCAAAACUAUCUGAACGCGCAGAGACAGAACUCCAGUUAUCGCCCGCAUCCCCGGGACCCCUCGUAUCCCAAUCGCGAUAUAAAUGGAACCUACGUGAAAUUAAAAUCUCAUCCACACGAGAGCGAAUACAUGGACAUGGCUACGCCUCGUGUCAGUGGCAACUGUUACCACGACGACACGACCAGCGAAAUGACGUCGGCAUGGGACGACGCCACAACGACAACGUCCGGUAGCUAUACCGUUGACGCCGAUGAACUUUGUGACGAAAUCGACAAACUGUUUUUCAGCCAGUGUCAAGACGUCAUAGUAUAACACAUAUUCAUAUGUGAUUGUUAUUCCUAAAUAUCUUCCUCGUCCAUCAAUAUUAAAACUACUGUAAAUCCUUGAAAAAACGCGGAGGACUCAGUUAUGUCAGGUAACGUCUAAAAAAAACUUUAAGAAAUGUGACCUUAUUAUUUUUUUCAUUUUCAUUCAGUUUAACUUAUUUUCAUU